AUGUCACAUCAUGGAUGCCCGGAGAGACUUUCGAAUAGAUCAAAGGGCUACCAGGAAGAUGGACCGAGCCAGCCAACGAUGGAAGUGUUGGUGGAGACCCUUACGGGAACCGCGUUUGAAAUGACCGUGUCACCUUCCGACACCAUUUUUGCGAUAAAGUCUAAGAUAUUUAGAGUAGAGGGUAUCCCAGUAUCGCAACAGCAUCUGCUAUAUAACCUGCGGGAGUUGGACGAUGGCCUAUCCCUACGGGACCACGCUAUCACCGACGGGGCGAAGCUCCGCCUCGUGCUAGGGCUCCGCGGUGGGCCCGUGUCCACGCGCCGCCUGCCCCCACCGGAGCCCUGGCGCGAUAUAGAGAGGCUGCUACACUCUAACAGGGACGAAGGCGAGUGGGGCUCCAGCAACUGCAAGGCCACGGUGCUCGUGUUCCGCGAGGGCGAGCGCGUCAACCUCGUGCGCGUGCGCGAGAACCGCGACGGCACCUACUCCCCCCUCGACCAUGCCAAGUACUCGUCGAGCAGCGGCACGCGGCCCGCGGCGCGGGCGCCGGGCGCGGGCGCGGCGGGCGGCGGCGCGCUGCGCGAGAACGCCGUGACGAUGGGCAAGAUGCUGGAGCUGCGCCGCCGCAUGGAGACCCUCUCCGUGCAGCGGCGCGCCGCGCGCGGCGUCGGUGACAAGCGAGACAUACAGAAGACACGAAGUGAGGAAACUUUAUCCGUCCCUAGUUUAUUAGAUGAAGCCCAGGACUUCGGCCCCCGGACCUACACCACGUACGAAGACACCUUCACACCAUUGUACGAUGGGAACUACACAAGAUAUGACUACGAUUGUUCCUUCUCCGAUAGAUACACAUUACUGCCACCUAUCGGACGGACAGACUCUGACCAAUCAAUUCAAGACUCCAUAUCAGAUGAGAGAAUCAAACUGACUGAUGCAUUGUCUGGAUCGAUUUUGGUAAAGUCCAAGGCGAAUGAAGAAGCCAUUUUGGAGGAGUGCCUUGAUAACGAUGAGUGUUUAAGGCAGGACUCUCCGCCGUUGACUGCGAAGAAUUUGGCUCCAAUACCUGCAGCUGAAUAUGGCGGCGUAGUGGCGGGCGGCGCGGGCUGGCGCGUGGCGCGCUCGGCGUCGGCGCUGCCGGUGCGCGCGCCGCUCGGGGACGCGCUCUUCUCCUCCUCCACCUCCGACCUCGAGACCCUCAAGCGCAACAGGAUCUUGCCAGCUCUGAGCCGCCACCGCAACAGGGAGCACCUGCACCUCAGCGACGAGGGCCUGGACCUGUCGCGCCACGAGCCGCCGCGCAGCCUCGAGGUCGGCAGCGAGAGGCGGCAGAGGAAGAUAGACAAGAUCAAUGAGGACCGCAUCGGCGCCGAGGAGAAGGUGGAGAAAGUGGAGAAGGAGAAGAAGAUGAGCAGAGUGCGGUGCGGCCUCUGCAGGAAGCGGCUGAGCAUCGCCACGGUGCACCGCUGUAGGUGUGGCGCUGCCUUCUGUGCGCCCCAUCGCUAUGCCGAGGCCCACGGCUGCGCCUACGACUACAAGAGAGCCGCCCCCCUGCCAGACCUG